AAAAUAGAUUCACUGACAUCACGAAAUUGUCAGUAACUUCAUAUAGUUAAUGUUUAUAUCGGUGUUCAAGAUUCAAAGUAAAAUAAUUAAUCAUAAGAUUAACUCAUACUGUCAAAAACAUGUCAAAAGAUCUGGAAAAAAAGUUUGACGAUUUAUUUGAAACUAUAAAAGUAAAAGUGAACAGAAAAGAAGAAAAUAUUCCAUUAACAAGUUCAAAACCCAUCUUAUCAAGAAACUAUUCAAAAUUGGAUGGGGAAUUGGAAGUAAAGUUUAAUGAUUUAUUUGAAACCAUAAAAGUGGGCAAGAAGGCAGAAGGUAAUGUGGUUUUAAGUACAAAAACCACUUUAUCUAAAAAUAUGUAUGAAACAAAUGAAGAAUUCGAAGAAAAGUUUGUUAGGAACAUAAAAGAGAAAGAAAAAAAUUACUCAACUCCUAAUGAAACAUUAUUUUUGCCAAAAAAUACUUGUGGAUUUAAAAAUGAAUUGAAAGAAACCGCCAGAGUAAAUGAGAAACAAGAAUUGCCUUCAGUACUCAGUGCAGAAUACAUUUUGCCAAAAUCCAAGUUUGAAUUAAAUGGAGAAUUGGAACAUAAGUUUAAUGAUCUCUUUGAAACCAUAAAAGUGAACAAAAAAGAGGCAAACUCGUCCAAAACGAAGCCGGAAUCUAAUUUAUCAGACUAUAACUUUAAAAACCAAGAAUGGAUACAAAAGUUUAAGACUUCACCCGAAAUAAUAGAAGACUCCAAGAAAGAAGAAAUGAAUUUUGAGCAAACUAAUUUCAGAUCUAACCUAUUCAAUAUCCAAAAUAAACAAAAUGACGAAAUUAAACAAGUGGUCCAAUCGUUUCCUAUAUCAUUAAACGUAGUGGACAAUAAUGCCUCAAUAGUGGUUCCCAAGAUGAAAUUAUCCAAGAAUAAAUGGAAGUUAAAUGGGGAAUUGAAAGGUAAACUAAAAGGUGACCCUGAGCUUCGUCAUUAUAUUCACACUUUGCAUAAGUACAUAAAAAAACAAAGAAAAAAAAUUAAAAAGCUAAAAUUAGCUAACAAGACAUGUCCGCAAUUUAAGCAUGAAUCAGUUCAAACUGUUUUAGAAAACUCUGAUCUUUUACAUAUUGAAAGAAGAGUAUCCAGUGAGGUAGAAGAACAAAAUAAUGAUACUGAAGAAGCAACUAGCGUACCAGCACACAACUCUGGCUACGUUUAUGAUGAAAGUUCAGGAUUGUAUUAUGAUUACAAUACUGGAUUUUAUUAUAGUUCUCAGUAUGGAUUGUUUUAUAAUGGCAUCUCAGGUGUUUAUUACAAGUAUAAUCCCGAGAAAAGUUCAUACGAGUUCCAUUCUAAAGUCGAAAUUGGAAAGAAAUCAGACGAGACAAAUAUAGUGGAGAUGAAAUAUAAGAAUGCAAAACGUCGCAAACUUGAUGGUAAGGAAACAGGCGAACGCACAAACUCCAACGAAGGAACGGUUUCCACAGACGACGAUUUGAAUUUUACCCCCAUUUUGGUAUCACAACGUUGGCCACCUUGUAUGCGCAUUAUGAUUGAGUCAACCGGGGUAUUAGAAUUAAAGGUUGGCACUUUGUACGUUAUAACAUUUGAAGGAGGCACACUAGGACGAAAAGGUAACCACUCGAUAAUCGUUCCAGACUUGGCCGUAAACAAGCGCCACUUAAAAUUAAGAUUCGAUAAAGAAACAAGCCGAUAUUUGGUCACCGAUUAUGGGUCAAAGAAUGGCACAUUUCUAAACGGCGUCCGUUUGUCGCCACCCAAUCAGAGAAGUGAACCUGUUCAUAUUCUCCAUAAAAGUACAUUAUUGGUGGGAGAUACGCUGUUCAGGUGCCACAUCCACGAAGCAAACCAAACCUGCAGCGACUGCGAACCAGGUUUAGUGAAACCGGAAACGUCGCCCAGGAUGUAUGAAAUUAGCAACAAGACCGAUGUUAAGAAUGAGUUGAUGUCUUUAAGAAAGAAAUACGGCGUUCCCAAGUUCAAUUAUUAUAAAUUGGGUGCAGGUUACAUUGACAGAGCCGACAAACGAAGGAGUGAAGUUGGAAGUCAAAAUCCGCACGAGAAGGCGGAAGUUGCGUCACUAGAUCGGGCCAUAACUUCAAAUAAUGUGGGCUUUCAAUUGAUGUCCAAAAUGGGUUGGAAGGAGGGGGAGUCUUUGGGCAAAGAGAACGAUGGCAUCAAGGAACCUGUUACAUUAUUGACUAAUGAAGGACUGGCAGGGAUAGGAAGUGCUGAUCUUGUCCAACCGAGCUAUCUUCCUUUGAUUACUGAAAAUGAAAGGAAGUGUGGAGUUUGGCAGAAAGCCCUGAGCAGAUUUCAGUAGUUGUUGUCGACGAUAUAUUCGUUAAAUGUUAAUUCUAAACUUAUUAUUUUGGUUUCCUGUACAAUUUUUGUUUUGAAAUAAAUGUUGAAAUAUUGUUUGGAAA